UUCUUGCUCUGCAGGACCUGGCUGGAGGGACUUCGGCUGCUCUGUGCUCAUGGCUCCUCCUAGCAAAGCAGUGAUUGUUCCCGGGAACGGAGGCGGCGAUGUGGCCACCCACGGCUGGUAUGGCUGGGUGAAGAAGAGGCUGGAGCAGAUACCUGGUUUCCAGUGUUUGGCUAAAAACAUGCCUGAUCCAAUUACAGCUCGAGAGAGCAUCUGGCUGCCCUUCAUGGAGACUGAGCUGCACUGUGACGAGAAGACCAUCAUCAUCGGCCACAGUUCGGGGGCCAUUGCGGCCAUGAGGUACGCAGAAACACAUCAAGUGUAUGCCAUCAUUCUGGUGUCUGCCUACACGUCAGACUUGGGGGAUGCAAAUGAGCGAGCGAGUGGGUACUUCAGCCGCCCGUGGCAGUGGGAGAAGAUCAAGGCCAACUGCCCUCUCAUCGUGCAGUUUGGCUCCACUGAUGACCCCUUCCUCCCCUGGAAGGAACAGCAGGAAGUGGCCAAUAGGUUGGAUGCCAAGCUGUACAAAUUCACUGACCGUGGCCACUUUCAGAACACGGAGUUUCACGAACUGGUUAACGUGGUGAAGUCCAUGCUGGAAGCGGCAGCAUAGACAGGGUGACGCCUGCUAUUCUGCAUCCCGAUAGAGGGGUGGAGUACUAAUAUUUAUUGUCGAUUACUACACACCUGAAACAUCCAGUUAAGUCCCCAAAGUGCCUGAAAAGCAAACAUGUUUCUAGUUCUCAAAGCAAGUGUUUGAACAGCAUUUCCGUUUUAUAUAGAAUCUAAACGUCUUCUAAUUGCUGAGAGCGACAGCAGCCUGCCCGCUCUCAUUGACCCAAGUGCAUCAGAAUGGAGCCAGUCUCCUCACUGUCAGAUGAAGACAGAACAGGCUUUAGUGUAUGUUGCAGGAGCUGUGCUUGUUUCCUCUUUGAAAUAAGAUUUUAUUUUCUAUUUUUUUUUUAUUUUGGGGGUGGCAGGUGACAUGACUAAAGGUCCAGAGUGUUAGCUUAGAGCUCAAAACACUGAGCUGCUUUUGAAGCUGGCACAGGUUAUUAAUCCCAGGCUGGGGCCUUUCCCUUGGAUAGCCCCCUCACUCCAGCCCCUCAUCCUUCAGACGAGUUGAAAGGGCUACUACCCAAGGCAGCUGAGUUGGCGGUCAGUGGGGUGAGGCAGGGCAGACAGGCACAGCCUACAUAGGUGAGCACAGUGACUAGAUCUGUGUAAGACAUGCCUCAUCAAAAUUGCUGCCACGUAGCCAUGUGGCAAGGUGUGGCCAGUUUUUGAGGGAAAAGUCUUCCCACGGUGGUUUUUAAAGCUGGGGAAUAUAUAUCAUCUAUGUUUGUAUCUAUGUAGAAUUUGUUCCUUGCUAACAAUCAGUGUAAAUAAAAAGAUUCAGAAAUACUUCCAAGAUGAACAAAACCCAAGUCAUCCAUUUGUUGUGAUCUUGCCAUAAGAACUAACUUAGCCAGGUGUGUUUAGAUUCUUCUCUAUUCUCUGUAAAGCCUGAGAAAAGUGUAAAAUAACCAAAGUGAACAUGUGUCAAAGGGUGAAAGCCAUGGGAACAAUUUGGAUUUUUACAAAGUCUUAAGCAACCUUUCCACAUGUCAGAUUUUGCUUUGUAGAGUUCAACUUUUAACUUCCUUAAAAACUCUUUUAAGUAUCAUUCCAGCAUGUUUAUUCUGAUCAUACUCCUUCAAAGGAACCCCUUUUUCAUUUCCCAACAUUUUUAGGGGGCUAUUAUGAUCCCAAGUAUUGCCUCAAAUGACUUCCAGUGAAUUCAUGCUUAACACUGCAGAACCUGAGUUUGCUACAGAAAUGCUUUCACACACCGUUAACAUACCUAGGGAUAAUCUGAAUUUGUUACAUUGAACUGAUAAUUUUACUAAUGAAAAAUAAUUAAAAUUCAAAACAACUUACUUGACACACUACCAAAAAGCAAAUUAGUCAGCUGAAUAGUAGUAAUUUUGGAGGCCGUUUAACAUUGAUCUGACCAAACCUGUACUCUUAAGUUUCAUUAUAUUUAAAUUUCCAAUUAGUCAUUGUAUUCCUUAUUCUCUACCUUUUUCCCCUAGAGUUCUUUAAAGAAUUACAGACUUACACAAAUAACAGUUCAUAAUGCUUUGUUGUCCUCUUCCUUCAGAAUGGGAAAAAACCCACAAAUAGAAUUGAGAAUUACUUCUAAUAUUCCUAAAAAAACAGUUAAGACAGACUUAGGAUUGUAGAGCUGUGUAGCCCCAUACAGUAGCUAUAAAAUUUAAACUUCCUUCUCUGUCACGUGAGCUGUAUUUCAAGUGUUCAGCAGCUACCAGGGCUGGUUACUUUAUUGGAGAGAUUUGGAUAUUUCCAUGAUUAUAGAAAACUAUUGGAUAGCAGUGGUCUAGGGCACAUAUUUUAGAUUCUUUCCUUACCCACCGUACAAUGAAUAGUUCAAAGUAAAAGUGACUGAAUUUUAAAUUACUUCUAGUUUGCUUAAUCACCAUUAAAAUCAUAAGCCUAUAAAAUUUACUCAUCGCUAAAGUAAAUCAGAGGGGUUUCAUGUGAGAACUCACAUAAACAUCUAAUGAAAACCAUAGAACUAUGGAAUCUCAUUGUUUCUCACGUUUCUAUGUUGAGAGGCCUCAACAGACCUGGACAGCAUCUGUUCUCAGCUGAGGAAAAUACCUAAUAUUAACUGGAGAUCAACUGUUAAGUAUUAGGACUUCUUCACUUGCGAUUUCAUGUUUUGGUGUUGUCGUGAGGGCUUCACAGUGUUUUGGUGUUUAUCCAUGCAGGAUAAAUAAACCACGUAAUGAUGUAUCAGAGUGCUGUAUUUUUAGGUUAUUGUCUCUUAUCUCCUUUGGAUAAUAUUCAGAAUAAAAAAUACGUUAUCGGAAAACAUUAAAGGGACUCUUUGUUCUGA